UUGACCAAUCAGAGACCGCAAUGAUGUAAACAAGGAAGCAGUUGGUGUAACCGAGAAAAUAUGAGCCAUAAUACCGUCCUGUUAUCUGUAAACGAACAGGUUCCGUAUAUGCAAAACGGCUUGUGAUAAACGGCCCCUGAAAAGAUUCAUACUUUAUCAGGUAAAGCUUCUUCUUUAUGUCUGUGUUACCGCCUGGCUAUCAAUACGCUGCCCGAGCGAAGAAUGGAGGAGCAACACAAAAAGAUUCUUCAGCAAAACAGGAUCAAUUUAGUCACAGAUUUAGAUCCUUCGGGCCUUUAUGACGCCCUUCUUCGGGAGGGGGUUUUCACCCAGGACAUGAUCGAUGAGAUAAAGAGCUCUGGCACCAGACGAGACCAGGCCAGGGAGUUAGUCCGGGACUUGGAAACCCGGGGCAGUCGAGCCUUCCCGUUAUUCCUGAAUAUCCUCCGUGAAUCGGGUCAGCAGGGUCUGGCGGAAAUCCUGCUAAAUGGGGCUCCGCCGGGUCAACUUCAGCCUGCAGCACCCGCAGGGGACCGCCCUGUGCUACAACCUCUACCCAUCAUUACAGUCUCUCCCAUGGAUUCCCAGAAGCAAAGCAUUAAAAACACCCCCAUCUAUCCUGUGGAGAGGCCCAACAAGUCUCCCAGUCCACCACCUGACAAGGACUACUUUAAACCAAGGCCACAAGGCAGAACACGCCGGGAUAGUCUGAAGUGCUAUAAAAUGGAUUCCAGCCCAUGUGGUCUUUGCCUAAUCAUAAACAACGUGGAGUUUAAGCCAGAGAGUCAGCUCAGAGAUCGCAAAGGCUCCUGCAUAGACUGUAACAAGCUGCAGAGAAGAUUCACGGCACUCAACUUUAUUGUGGAGGUCAAGACAAACCUGAAACAGAAACAAAUCAAGCAGGAACUGUUGGCUUUGUCUAGACGGGAUCACUCUCUGUAUGACUGCUGUGUGGUUAUCAUGCUCUCCCACGGGACUGAGGUGAAUCACAGGCGUUUCCCUGGUGCCGUGUUUGGUGUAGACGGAGAUUACGUCCCAGUGCAGGCGAUCACCAACUACUUAAAUGGCGAAAAAUGCCCUUCUUUGCAAGGAAAACCCAAACUGUUCUUCAUUCAGGCCUGUGGAGGAGAUGAAAAAGACAUAGGAUUUGAGGUUCCCUCCGAGGAGGCUCAGCCAUCGGUCGACGGGGAAGACGACGAGACCGACGCCAUUCCGACGUCGUCCAGCAGCGACUCUCUGAGCACGCCCGAUGAGGUGGACGCCAGAACGACGCUGCCCAACUCCAGCGACAUCCUGGUGUCCUACUCUACCUUCCCUGGCUACGUUUCCUGGAGAGACACUCAGGCAGGCUCUUGGUACGUCGAGACACUGGACCGCAUCCUGGAGGAGAACGCGGCCACAGAUGACUUGGUCACCAUGCUGAUGAUGGUUAACCAUGAGGUUUCCCAAAACUCUGCAAAAGGGCUCUACAAACAGAUGCCUGGUUCCUUCAACUUCCUUCGAAAACUUCUCUACUUUCAGACCUCGGCAUAGGGGAAGACCGUUCCUCUUCUGGCCGUGUUAGAGUUGUUAACUGUAAAAUGCACUUAUUUUACAAAAUGCGGAUACUUUUUUUGAAUGUUGUAACUGUUGUAUGGAGACAAUGUCUUAAUCUUGAUAUUUUUAAACUCUUUCUUACUUUUCUAAGUGGACUUUCUGGCUAUAAUGUAGGUGUAAUCCUGGUAACAACAGGAAUCUAUACUUCACUUAGGGUUGUUUUAUUUGUGCGGAUUCUUUGAGUAAAGAAAAAGAAAGAGAAAAGUCUUUAUGAGUUAAACAAAGCACAAGAAAUGAAUCCAAAAUCCAAUGCUGUACAUUUGGGUUAAAAUCACAAUGUUUCAUUUCUGCUCAUCAAAAAUAUUGAUAAUAAAAAAAAAAUAUGCUUUGUUAA